AGACAGUUUAACACAAUUAAAGUGGUUGAUAUUUACUAUAAAUUCUAAAAUAAAGUUAAAUAAAUUUGACUUGCAGCGUGCAGUAACUAUUACUAAAUCAUUUAAUGACUGAAUUUCCCAGAACCAAAGUAGAUGCACUUCUGCAGGAUGACCACGCGGGGGCGCUGUGGUUUUAGAGGGUUGAUGAGACAACUAAUGAUGUAAGGCGUCGGCAGUGGAUGCUAAACCGGGAUGAUAUUGUGAGUGCUCUGAAUUAGUAGCAUUAAUAAUAAGGAAAACAAGUUUAAAUUUUAGAUAUAAUGUUUGAGUUAGUAGGAGAAGAACCGCUGUGCAGAUAUCCGGCUGUGUUCGUAGACAAAGCUUAAGACCGCGCCGCAUCCAACAGACGAUACACUAUCACACCGGAGGUAGGCUUCUGUGGAAAGUCAGAGUCGAGUCAGCCUGAUGCUGUUUUCAGCAGAUGAGAUGUGAAUAACGAGAAGUUUGACAUCGCCGUUCCUCACAAUGACCUUCGUUGUGUUAUUCUUGGGCCAGUAGCGCCACGGAUGCUACAAGAUAACACCUGUAAUAAAUGAUGGACUUUCCGGGACAUUUCCAGCAUAUUUUCAAGCAGCUCAACCACCAGCGCCUCCAUGCUCAGCUGUGUGACUGUGUGGUGGUGGUUGGAGGUCAGAGCUUCCAGGCUCACCGCUCCAUCCUGGCAGCAUGCAGCUCCCACUUCAGGGCUCUUCUGAGCUCCAAUGACAGCGGGGAUGAGGUUGGAGUCAACACAGGUGGAGGUGGGGGCCCCAGUGUGGUGGAGCUAGAUCCAGAGGUGGUGACCCCAGAGGCCUUCUCUACCUUGCUAGACAUGAUUUACACCUCCACCCUCUCUCCAGGAGCCUCAAAUGUGAUGGAUGUACUGUUGGCGGCUUCGCACCUGCACCUCAACACUGUUGUCAAGGCCUGCAAGCUCCACCUGUCAAGGAAAAACUUUCCUACCUCGCCCCCGAAAGGCUGGCGGUCGGUACAACAGCAGCAGCAGUAUCCAGCGUCCCAGGCAGAGAAGUCGGCCACAUCUGUCAUGGAGGAGUACAUCAGUGAGGAGGAAGUGGGAGUGGAGGUUAGUCAGUCUGGUGGGGUUGAAGACCAGGGGGUGAGGAGGAGGGAAGUCAGUGGCGAACAGAGUGCUGAACCAUUUUUGUGGCACAAGAGGAAGUCACACGAGGACGGGCUCAGUGCCAAAAAGAGGUCCUGCAGGCUCCCUGAGGGAACCUAUAAAGAGUGUUCAACUACUGUAACCAGAAGCACCGUCAGUACAGAGGGUGCAGAGGAGCUGCUGCCCCCAGACUUCCUGAAGACUAGCAACGCUCUCUGGGAGAGCCGAGGCGAAGAAGAGGUGGAGGAAAAAUAUGAGGCAACCAAGGGAGAGUCAGAGGAGAUCCAGCUGCCAAGCCAAUCUGACAGCAGCAUAGGAGGUGUAGGUGCGUGGGAGAAGGGCGGAGAUACAGAUGGAGAGACUGUGGUCAAAGUAAAGGUGGGAGAAGAAGGGGAGGAAGAGGGGGAGGAGAUAAAUAUGGCGAUGAUUGAGGUGAAAAAAGAAAACUCAUAUUCUCCAGAUUUACCAAACGAUUCUCCAGGCAAUUUUGAUGCACAACUAAAUGAGGAGAAAAUGGCCACAGCCUGCCCAACAGAGGCUGGCGUUAGUUCUCUGCAAUCUCAGCUGUGCUCAGAUCUUCAAACUGAUGCACAGACAGAGGCUGGAGAUUUGGGUCAGGAGUCAGUGGACGGUGAAGGCCUGGACAGCCUGUCAGAACUCGCUUUUUCCUGCUUCCUGAAUCCCAGUUGUGAAAGCGUAAUGGUGGAUUUGGAGGAAGAAGACAGCCUAGCUAGCCUCACUGCUGCUGCUACUGCUGCUGCAGCUGCCAGUUAUGCUCCUGCAGCUGCUGGAGAACUGUGUCAAAACUCAGAAGAAGCCUCUUCUGCUCAGUCCUCUGAUCCCUCACUAGUUUUCCCAGUUACGUCUGUCCCCUUGCAGCAGCUUCUCCCUACUCAAGGCCCUGGUUUCAGUGACACACUUAUCCUCCAGCCCACCCAGAACCCUUUAACAGGGUUCCUGAGUAGCGUCAGACCAGGACUCGGUCUGGAAAACUCCCUCAUCCAACCCUCCAGGGCCGGAAAAAGCUCAGGGGCAACAAUCUUCCGUCGCAUCGCCCCCAAAGUGCCGCCUGGAUCAAAAGCCGGCACAGAUCUUUCCUCUGCUGAGCAGCCGCCUCUGAGCAGAGCUUCAGACGAUGUUCUGUCAAAGUGCAAGAAAGCAGCUGCUGAAGACCUUGUGCUGUUGGUGAAAGGGGAGAAGAAAUACGCCUGCAAAAUCUGCUGUAAGACCUUCAUGAACCUGACUGACUGUAAGAAACAUAUUCGUGUCCACACAGGAGAAAAGCCCUAUCCCUGCCCAAAGUGUGGCAAACGCUUCAGCCAGUCCUCCCAUCUCUAUAAGCACUCGAAAAGUACCUGCCUGAACUGGAAAGAUAAUCAAUCUUUCCCAGAUAUCCGGCUAUGAGCUGGCGUUUGUUGAUCAACUUGAUUAUUUAUUAUCCCAUGCACUUCCAAUUUUUGAUUUUAUGUUACAUUAAUUCAAAGUCAAUUAUAUUUUUGUUCCCAACCAAGAAUUAUUUAUUCCAUGAAAUGAAUCGGUUAAAAAUGUAGCCAAACUGAUGUGAAUGCACUGAAAAUAUUUUUACAGCUACGUUGAGUGAUGAGAUAAUAAAAGUUUUGCAUUUAA